AUGUGGAAAGUAGAACAACGAGAAUGCUGCUUUAAAAACGGAAUAAAUUCCAAGUAUCGUUGCUUAGAAAAACGUACCAGGAAGCUGGACUUACAGAGCUUAAAGCAUGGAGACGAUGCAGUUGAAAAUGUAUUUGCCAUGGGUUUAAGUCCACAUAUUAUAGACAUAGACGUUGUCUCCCUGCCUGGUCGGCGUCCAUAUUACCAGCUACAACGUCACAAACACUAUGAAGACCAAAUACGGUGGGUUAAAGGGGCUGCACGACAUCUCUAUUGGUCGGCACAUGAAGAUUUUUCAAUUACCAAAACGUUUCAAACACGAGAAGAUUUAAGGCAACAGAUGUCGCAGGUAUUCGCAUCGCCGAACCUGGUCAGCUUUUGUCCUCUCGGUAAGGGGAAAGAGGACUGGCAGACUAUGUCUGGGCUUAAUCUGUUACCACCUCGCCCCUUAUGGAGGCUGUAA